AUUGACUUCGGAAAAUUGUAGGCCAUUGAUAAAAAAAGGAAGAAGUCUUCUGAUCCGGAAACUACGAAGAAACGCGCUGUUAAGAGAGGAAAGCUGAACUCCACCUUUUUCCGUUCGAGUCGACAUGGAGAAUGCUAUUUUGGAACUCAUGAUAUCCCCUUGAGGGAUAUCGAGAUGAGCCCAGCUGCAGCGAGGUCCUUCUCCGAGAAAGCCAAGGACACACUCAAGAGGAAAAUCUUGGAAGAAGGAGAGGACAUGGGGAGUCAGUUGCCGAUCAUCAUUGCAAGAGGCAAGGCAGGCGAAGUCCCAAGGUUUGAUCCACUGAAAAAGUAUGGGUACUUCUACGAGGUUGUGGCAGGCCAACACAUCAUAGUCGCGAAGAAGGAAAUCUACGAGGAGACCGCCAUGGAGAAGGAUACGUGCAUGUGUGCAGUCUACAUGGGCGUCACAGAGGAGGAAAAGAUGGACCUGGCACUGCACAACGCCACGCUGCAAGCGAUUCCAUUCAAUGUCCUUGAUGUGAAGCACUGUGAACGACGUGUAAUGCAGGAGGUUUUCCUUAGGGAUGCCUUUGGAGAGACUGCAUAUCAUCAGCUGAUGGAGCUCCUUCGCGUUGUAUCCUUGAACGUAGAUCAUCUUUGUAGAGCAGGGUGA